AUGGUAUCCUCGGCACCCAAGUCCUCUGACCACGAUGUGGGGAUCAUAAUGACUCCUGAAGAGAUCCAGAAAGUGUUGGAGUUAGACACUUUUGACUACUCUGACUAUUUAAUCGCGUUAUUGCGCUUGACCGAAACGAUGGUCGAAUUUACCACCAACAGCAUCAUCCGUAUCUCUAUCUCGGAGGGUCUGAAGACCCCUGCAGGUAAAAUACCAUACUCUGUCAGCUUGCUCAAUCUGAAAUUGCUCACAAAGCUCCAGAAUGGGUUCCAAAUGUUGGACUUGAAAAAUGAUAAUGUCAGGAGAAAGUACGAUGGAUUGAAGUACAAUGUUAAGAAGGUGAAUGGGGUGGUCUAUGACUUGAGUUUGAGGAAGUUAAUAGUCAAGGACAUCGACGUGGUUUAG